CUUGUAUGCUAAACUACGACACUUCCGGGGCGUUUAAGGAAAAUCCCGCGAGCUCAAGCUGUCCACAUGAUCGCCAUUAUUACGCGUUUACUGAUCAAGCAAUCGCAUAACUAGUAAAAUCUGACAGCUUUCAGGGUAUAAUGAGACAUGAAUAUGGAUUUCUUAAAAAGACCUUCUAUCCCUGAAGACGCGGUCCAGUAUCAGCUUUUUCUGGUUCAUCCUGACCCAUCAGACUCGGAAGCCCAUGAGAGAUUUCUCCAGCGGAUCCUGCAAAACAUCCUCGCUGAGAUCGCCCCUCUUCUGGUGCAGUACAUCUGGCAACAUCAAGCCUUCAAUCUAAGAUACCACCCUGAGAAAGGAGAUGUGCCUGCGCACCUGGGCGGCGUUACUCAGUUCGGUGAUAAUGUGGAGGAUGAAUGGUUCGUCGUUUACCUGCUCAAACACAUCACACGCACUUUUAGUGAUGUAGCUGCUGUUGUCUGCGAUAAUGAUGGACAGUUUCUUCUGAUUGAAGCAGCUGAACACUUGCCAAAGUGGUUGGACCCUGGCAGCAGUGAAAACAGGGUGUUCCUGUACCAGGGAGAGCUGCAUAUAUUACCCAACCGGACACGUUCUGGAGAGGUUGGCUGGCCCAGAGACUCAGUGCCUGCUGUGGGUCAGGCUCUAGAGGUGCUGCAUUCACACACUGAGAGCUGUUUAGCCAAACAGCCCAUACGCUCCGCUCUAGCCAGGAGGCUGGAUGGGUAUCCAGAUAAAAUCCAGCAGAAUUUCCACCACGCUCACUGUUAUGUGCCUGCGGGCAUUGCUGUGGUGUUGUCUAAGAGGCCUGACCUUAUAGCCCCUGCCGUGUCUGCUUUCUAUCUGCGUGACCCUGUUGACCUCCAGGCCUGUCGAACUUUCCGCACGUUUCCUCCUGACACUAGAGUUCUGAAAUCAGUAAAGUUUACUCGCUGCUUGUACGCACAGCUGCAACAACAGAGUUUUGUUCCGGAUCGGCGGAGUGGUUUCACGCUUCCCGCCCGCUCUCAUCCCCAGUACAGAGCUCAUGAGCUGGGAAUGAAACUGGCCCAUGGCUUUGAAAUCCUUUGCUCCAAGAGUGGACAGUCCUCAUCAGAGAAAGAGGCUUCAGUCAGCAGUAACCCACUAUGGAGAGGCUUUUUAGAGAGUCUCAAAAAGAAUGGAUAUUUUAAGAGUGAACUAGAAGGAUCCGUUGGAUACAAAGAUCUAAUGACAUUAGCAGAGAGUUUCUUCAGACAGUCUAUAACCAGCACUCAUCGCCCUGACAUUCAGAAUCCUGGUCAAGAGGUGAUGAAUGUCUUGGAGGAUGCCUCCUACAGUUUGGAAGAGCUAAAAAAUCAAGAGGCACAUCUACCACCAGAGGACAGUGAUGCAUGGUUAGACAUCUCCCCUCAGGAGCUGGAGAGGCUGCUUGAGGAGAGAGGAGGUCGAGGGGUGAGCGAUGGCACUCGCAAGACGGCACAACCUGAUGAGGAGCUGCAGGAGGAAGAAGCUGGCUACAGUCUCAUAGCUGUAACGAAAGGCAUGAAGAGCUUCAUCAGUGCCAUGUCCUCUCAUGAAGGAGCUGAAAUACCCAGAUCUUGUCUGACUGAGCCAUUCAGUUUUGAUCCAGAUGCAGUAACCAGUGCUCUUGAUAGACUGCUAGGAAGUAAGGAUGAUGAGUUAGACUCUGACGACUUUGAGGAUGAUGAAGAGGAUGGCAGUGAUGUUGAUGAUGAUGAAGAAGUGCAGAAUGGCGAGUCUCAGGAGCAGGCAGGUGCCGAGGAGCUGGACAAUCUGAGGAAAUACAUGGAUGAAAUGGACCAGGAACUGCAAAGCACAAAUAUUAGCAAAAGCUUUACACAGAACAACAGAGCUGGUAAUAAAGCAGAUGCAUCUAAAAACUCAUCAGCCGCCUCAAGGUCAGAGCUUGUUGAGGAAGAAAUCCAGCCGCUUGAUUUGGAUCUCAACCUGGUUUCGAAUUUACUGGAGUCUCUCGCUUCUCAGGCCGGCCUUGCUGGGCCUGCUUCUAACCUACUGCAGAGUCUAGGCAUCCACAUCCCACCCGACGCAGAUCAGUCCUGAUACAUCAAACUAAAGUGGGAAAAAUCAACUCACAGACACUUAUCACACACUUAUCACGCACUCGGUGUUCCUUCACCUAGUGCACAUCAGCUGUUCCUCUAUCAGGUGGUUUAUGGGCUUCUGCUCCACACCCAAUACUGAACUGUUAUUACAUCCCAACAUUGGUGUUUCCUUCAACACAGAACACUUCCCUUAAAAAUAAAAAUAAAAAUAAAUAAAAAUAAAAAAAAAUAAAAAUAACUAACUGGGAAUUACUUGUUUAUCAUGUUGUUCUCCAUUAAAAAUUACUUUAUCUUUUUGAAUAAAGAUAAUAUUUUCUGAGAUGUUUUGUAAAUUACAAUCACGUAAUUUGAGAUCGAGUAUGCACUACAACAGAACAUUUCAGUUACAGCUAUCUAUCAUUUAAAAGGAAUGGCGAUAUUUCACUGUGCUUAUCUACACUGACAUUACUGAUAAACCAAGCAAAUUGCAUGCCUGUGUAACAUUAACCAAGUCUUUACAGAUAAAUCAAUCAUGCCUGAUUAGAAGCAAAGCCUCAGAGCUCUGAUGCUGAACUUUUUUAACCUCAUGAUUCUCGCUUGGGCAGACUUUGGCCUAUGCUGGUAACAAUACAAAUGUGUAGUAGGACCAGGUGUGAUCUGUAUCUGUGCGUUAUGUACUGCUUGCAUCAUAAAGAAAAGGUGCUGGAAAUGUUAUAAUUAUAUUUAUACCAAAAUAUGAGAAGAAAAACAGAAACUCUAGGUAGGUUAGGUAGCAGAAAACCUCAUCAAUAUGUUUUAUUUUCUCCAAACAUUAACAAUAAUACUGUAGUUUGUACUGUAUAUUAGGAGCUAAAUAAUAAAUGAUAAUAAAUACAUGAGUCACAGGUUUUCUAUUUAAAUAAUAUAUUACUACUGUAAUAAUCUUAAGUCAUUGUAUUGCAGUUUAUAUCUCUUUAUAGCUUAUAUUUCUAGAAACCAUGCAGUGAAGGGGUUUGUAAGGUUGUUGUAAGAGGAAUGACAUACUUGGUGAAUCUCACAAAGCUUGUCAAGAACAUGCUUGGA